UAAAAACUCUUUUUUUGGAUUGCAUUAUUAAUCAAGGGGUUAAUAAAAAAAAAAUGAAUACAAAAAGAAGAUUAUUCCAAUUAUUAUUUAAUACAACAACAACAACAACAACAAUGAUACCAAGAACGAGGGUUGCACUAUUUACUAAUAAAAGCCAUAUUACACCUACGUUUAAACAUUUUUCAACUUCUUUAACAUGGCGUAGUUCCAUUCUUCAUGACAAAAAAUGUUGGCAAUGUCAAGCAAACAAUAAACCUUCUGCUUUAUUUUGUGAAAAUAAGAUAUGUAAAGUGAUUCAACCUAUACCUUCUGAACUUAAUUUUUUCCAUUUACUUCAAGCUGGUGAAGGAGAAGAAAAGUUAGUAUUUAUUUAUUUGUUUGUUUGUUUAUUUGUUUGUCUGUAUUUAUAUAUGUAUAUAAAUGUAUAAAUUAGAGAUAAGCCUAUAUUUAAUAUUGAUUUAAAAGCAAUGAAAAGAAGAUUUUUAAUGUUACAACAGAAAGCACAUCCUGAUAGUUUUUCACAUGGAAGUAAGAAAGAAUUAAAUUAUGCACAAUUACAAUCUUCUGUCAUUAAUAGAGCCUAUCACACGCUUAAGAACCCUUUAAGUCGAGCAAAAUAUAUAUUAAAACAAAAAGGAAUAGAAAUAAAUGAAGAUGACUCACUAGGCGAUCCUGAACUAUUAAUGGAGGUUAUGGAAUUUAGAGAGGAGCUUGAAGAAGUCGUGAAUGAAAAGGAUUUAAUUCCAUUAAAAGAAAGAAAUGAUGCUAAACAUCAAGAAAUACUAAAUCGAUUACAAGAUGCAUUUAAUAAGGAAAACUAUAAUUUGGCUAAAAAUUUAUCUAUUGAAUUACAAUAUUGGACAAGUAUUCAAAAUGCAAUACUUGAAUGGCAUCCAUAAAAAAAAAACUUUUAUCAGUGCGUCUUUGUUACAUAUUCAUUAUUAUGAAUUAAUAAUAUUUAACUUUUAAAGUAAUAAUAAUAAUCUAGACCUUUUUAUAUGUGCA